AUGGAAUCUGCAGAGUUUGCGCCCUUCCAGGACAAAUUGACGUCUACCCUGGUGCAGGUGACACGCACCGUGGGUCAGCUCUCCUCGGAAGACCUGAACUUUCACCGUUCCUCCAGCACCGAGUUCUCCGAGUCUCUCGAUGAGCAGAGCGAACGGGUCCUGGCUUUGACUACGGCUGUGCUCAAGGCUGCUACUGCUGGCACCGAUGUCAAAGCCCCAGAGAUCAGCAAUGAGGAAUUGAUCGAAGAUAAUUGGCGGGGCGUGGUGGAUGUGAUUGAUUCGCUGUUGGAGAAGGCCGAUGCUUGCUUGGAUGAAUUCACCGGAGUGAUCAAGAAACUCAGUCCGUCGCAGGAGGAGCAGGCACCCGUGGUGAAGAAGACACCCAAAUUUCCCACCGUCUAUGACUAUGGUCCCUCCAAGAUCCCCAAGCCGCAAUUGCUGUUCGAGCGCAAACCCGACAACACCGGCACGAGCUCCUUCCGACCUCUUCUCAGAACCAAGCCUCAUGCUAUUGUGCCGCUGGAGGAGUCGUUGCAGAAGCAACAGGCGGAUGGUGGCCACGCUCACCCCUAUGAAGCCGAGAUCCGUGCCGCCCGGUACCCGAAAUCGGUCUACAAGGUCUCACCGCCGAUCGACUACAAGCCUUUUGACUCUACUACGGCUACGUUUGUGGAUACAUUAGAUGGUGUUAAGGAGAUGUUGGGGGAGCUAAAGUUGGCUAAGGAGAUCGCGAUUGAUUUGGAGCAUCACGAUGUGCACUCCUACCACGGCCUUGUCUCGUUGAUGCAAAUCAGCACUCGCGACAAGGACUGGGUCGUCGAUACACUGAAGCCGUGGCGAGAAGAAUUGCAGAUGCUGAACGAGGUGUUUGCCGAUCCGCGGAUCCUCAAAGCCCUUCACGGAUCCACCAUGGAUAUCAUUUGGUUGCAGCGUGAUCUGGGCCUGUAUGUGGUCGGGCUGUUCGACACGUUUCAUGCAGCUUCCGCACUGGGUUACCCAAAGCGGAGCUUGAAAUAUCUGCUGGCUAAGUUUGUCAACUUUGAAGCCGACAAGCGGUAUCAGAUGGCCGAUUGGCGAGUCCGUCCGCUUCCAUCUGGCAUGUUCGACUACGCACGAUCCGACACGCAUUAUCUCCUUUAUAUCUACGAUCAUCUACGUAACGACCUAAUUCAAACAUCGACGCCCACAGAGAGCCACAUUGAUUACGUUCAGGAGCGCUCAAAAAACGAGGCGCUGCAGCGGCAUGAACGUCCUGUAUAUGACGCCGAAAAUGGUUAUGGCCCGGGAGGCUGGUAUGACCUGCUGUCACGGAAUUCGGGGACUCUCAGCCGAGAACAGUUCGCUGUUUUCAAGGCUGUCCACCAGUGGCGGGACGAGGUUGCACGAGCCGAAGAUGAGGGCUGGCAAUGCGUAUUCCCCAAGCACGUCCUCUACAGACUGGCCCAGACGAUGCCUCUUGAUCUGGGGACCCUCUUUCGAACUCUGUCACCCGUGACCCCCAUCACCAAGGAGCGGGCCCCGGAACUCUUGGAUGUCAUCAAAAACGCAAAGAUUGCCGGUGCUACCGGCCCCGAAUGGCGCGACGUGGCGCCACCGCCCAAGAUCAUUGCAAAGGAUCCGCUGGCCGUCGACGCGGAGGAUGUUGACUUCCCUGUCGCCGAGCGCUACGAGACCUCCCAAUUCUGGGGAGAUGUCCUCGAAGCACAGGAAGCGCCUGUGCCGCCGUCAUACUCGCUGGCUGCAUCAGCAGAAGCUUUGCGGCUUUCCCUCCCCUUGCCACGCAUGCCAUCAACCGUCUCUGAGGCUCGGGCAAAGCUCGGCACCGCAGCAAACAACAAGCCUGCACCGGCUCCCGCACCGGCUCCUAUCUCUGCCCCGGCACCUACAGCCCCUCCAGUGGAAGAUAAAGAUACCAAACAAGUUUUCACUGUGAAAGAGCUUGGCGGUCCACGCAAACGCAAAGUCACCCCAGCAGGCCCAUCAGAGCAAGCGCUGUCAACAUCCGAUGCCGUGGACGACACAAGUAACAAUUUCAACUCCGAGGCUGCCGAAAAGCAGCACAAGAAAGCACGCAAAGAAAAGAAGACCAAGAAGGCCGCCCCGUCCGGCACUCAGCCUGAACCCGAGGCAGCUCCGUUCGACUAUGGUACCGCCGACUCAGUACUCCAUGCGCCCUCUGCCACCUCAAGUACCAAGCCACGCAAACGGCCGUUCAACCCGUAUGCCAAGGCGUUGGAUGCUCCCUCGGGGUUGGGCAAGACGAAACGAGAAACGGGGGCAAGUCUCUUACGUUCCGCAAGUAAGGGGAGAGACUGCUAG